AAGAUGUCCUCGUCGGCGAUAUUUAUUUUGGAUGCUAAAGGGAAGGUUCUAAUCUCCCGCAACUAUCGUGGACAUAUCGACAUGAGUGUCAUCGAUAAAUUCAUGCCGCUAUUGAUGGAGAAGGAAGAGGAAGGUCUUAUUACUCCCAUCCUGCAAACACCCGAAUGCACAUUUGCGUAUGUUAAGACCAAUAAUCUGUAUCUGGUUUCGGUGACUCGCAGCAAUGCCAAUAUUGCACUGGUCUUUGUGUUUCUGCACAAAGUGGUGACGGUUUUCACCGAGUACUUCAAGGAACUCGAGGAGGAGAGCAUUCGGGACAAUUUCGUUGUCAUCUAUGAGCUUCUGGAUGAGCUGAUUGAUUUUGGUUAUCCGCAAACAACAGACAGCAAGAUUCUUCAGGAGUAUAUCACUCAGGAGGGCCAUAAGCUGGAGAUUCAGCCACGGAUUCCGAUGGCAGUGACGAACGCGGUUUCCUGGCGCUCCGAAGGGAUCAAAUACAGGAAGAACGAAGUCUUCCUGGAUGUUAUAGAGAGUGUUAAUCUGUUGGCAAACGCCAAUGGAAACGUGCUGCGCAGUGAAAUUGUUGGGGCCAUCAAAAUGCGUGUGUAUCUUUCUGGAAUGCCGGAACUGCGGCUCGGAUUGAACGAUAAGGUUCUGUUCGAGAGCACUGGCCGUGGCAAAUCCAAAUCGGUCGAGCUGGAGGACGUAAAGUUUCACCAGUGUGUGAGGCUGUCUCGUUUCGAGAAUGAUCGAACCAUUUCAUUCAUUCCACCGGACGGCGAGUUCGAACUGAUGUCGUACCGACUCAAUACCCAUGUGAAACCGCUGAUUUGGAUCGAAUCGGUGAUCGAACGCCACGCCCAUAGCCGGGUGGAGUACAUGAUAAAGGCGAAGUCGCAGUUCAAGCGGCGCUCGACGGCGAACAACGUUGAGAUAGUCAUUCCGGUGCCGGCUGAUGCCGAUUCGCCCAAGUUUAAGACCACGAUAGGGAGCGUUAAGUACGCUCCGGAGCAGAAUGCGAUCACGUGGACCAUUAAGUCGUUCCCGGGUGGAAAGGAAUAUUUGAUGCGUGCUCAUUUUGGACUUCCCAGCGUAGAGUGUGAGGACACAGAAGGCAAGCCACCGAUUCAAGUGAAGUUCGAGAUUCCAUACUUCACCACGUCUGGAAUUCAGGUGAAUAUUUUUGAACAACAUAAUACGAGAGGCUUCGGGUUUCUCGUAUUAAUUAAAAACAAACAUUAAUCAUUGAACACAGUG